AGCCAAGGUCAGACUGUUACUAUGGGCAAUAGCAUACACGACGUCAGAGAAGAACACUGAAGCAUAGCUAUGACAUCGAUGGUUACCAUAUCAUUACGGUCGCGAAACUCGUUGCACUUUCUUUUGCGAUCGACCGUGUUCCACCACACGACGAAGUGCUAGUGAUAUUUUCUAUAAAACAUGGGUUAUACGAGGUUUGAUAGUCAUUUACUUGUCGGUGGUUUCGGUGAAAAGUAUACAUUUAUCGAAUUGAUUAAGCAAUGAUACGAAUGAAAAUGAUAUUAGUGGUUUGGUUUUCUUGUGCUGUGGCAGAUUAUAUGGAAGAGCGUGAGUUUAUACCAUCAGCCAGCAUGGAUACAGAAGAUGGAUGGCGUGUGAUGCAGAAUCCUUUAGUGAACACAGAACAACUUCCUGAAAGUGAUCCUCAACUGUACUUUAUGGCUCCCAAUCUUGAAAAACAUUCCAAUGAUAUUGGAAAAGAUUUCCUUAAUAAUGAUGAGGAGUUUCGCAUACAUGUGGAUGAUAGCAAAGAUGCAAAUAAUAAGGCUGACUUUCUCCAUACUGAUAGUUUGCCAGUUGCAUCAUCAUUGAUUGCAGCCGCACCAAGUAAAAUCAAGAAAGAAAUACCUGAGUCGCCAUUAAGAAUUGUGAAGCCCCCCAAAUCAUUUGAACAGAAUGCAAUGCGAAAGCCAUCUGUGAUUCGCCAUAACGAACUAUAUGUACCUUACUUACCGCAAAAACUAAUUCGAGAACCAUUGAUGGAUCGCAUUCCCUAUUACGACAUGUUACCUCAAAACAGCUAUCAGUCGUUAUCGCAUUCAGAAGACCCGAUCUACUUACCUUCGUAUGAUUUUCAAACUACGCCGAAGAUUUUACCGUAUCGUCAAAUGCCAAUAUUCGACAAUUCAGUGGAAUACUACGAAAUUGAUAAAAAUGCCCGCCCAAUUAUACUGAAGGAGGAAAUUUCCUACGAAAAUACGCCAUUUGUUCCGCAUCGGUUCCCUUUCAUGCCGCAGAAAAUUAAUUUCCUAAGUGGAAACAUGUUUCCGAAGCCAUACUUCAAGCCACUACCUAUCUCAGUAAAAGCCAGAAAAAUCGUUAGAAGCCCAAAACGUAGCAUAGUGUCUUUCGGAAGAUCUUCAAGAGGUAUACCAAUUGUAAGGGGUCGUUUCAGGGUGUAAUGAUGGUUAAGUGUUUCAUUAUGAUUAACUUUAGCUAUAUUCAAAGAAUAAACAAUCGAAUAAUUCAAUUUAUGUGUAUUAACAGAAAGUUAUGUAUUAUUUAUAUAUUCGCAACUGUUUC